AGAGUAUAAAAUGUACAUGGUGAAAUACGAUAAGGAUUUGUACGCUUAUAAAAGUAGGCUUUGUUCCUUGGUAUCGUCAGUUAAAGGAAUCGUAUUGGAGAAGCAAAUACUCGCGAGAAAAGGGUCAAGCAAUCAGGUACCUCAAGAUGAAAGGAGGAUGGUACAUGGUAAUUACGGUCAUGGUGGCUGCAUUGACCAUUAUUACGGCUCAUGACACGGUGAUAACGCCAAUACCAACGGAAUGUCCCAUAAAAGACUCUCCCAACCGCACUGUCCACUUGCCGCACGAGACGGAUUGUACUAAAUUCUACAAAUGUAAUCAUGGUCAGAAGGUCGAGAUGAUCUGUCCAGAAAUGAACGACAAAGGAGACAGACUGCACUUCAAUCCUAGAUUACAAGUUUGUGACUACCCAGAGAAUGCUGGUUGUACAUCCUCGACGAAAAAUCCUACCCCAUCUGUACCUACUAAACCUACCCCUCCAACCGAACCUACCAAACCUACCCCUCCGACCGAACCCACCAAACCUACCCCUUCGACCGAACCUACCAAACCUACCAAACCUACUGAACCAUCUAAACCUACCCCUCCGACCGAACCAACACCUGUACCUACCCCAUCUCAACCGACUUGCUCCGAGGAUGGUGUCGGUCAUCCUCAUGAAUGCUCUUGCGAAAAAUAUUAUCUCUGCAAAAACGGCGACCUCGUUCUUCGAAGAUGUCCCAACGGUCUUCACUGGAAUGACCUAGCAAAAAAAUGCGAUAAAGCUGUCAAAACGAGUUGCAUCAAAGACAAAACUUUGCAAUGGUAUUAUUAAUUCGUUUAAGUGACUAAGAACAUAUAGAGCAUGGUAUAGUAAUGUUUUUAAUUACUUACGUUCUUAUUAUGAAAACAUAAGAGAAAGUUGUAUUAAUCAAAAAUAUAAAUAACAAUAUCAGCAAAUAAACAUCGUAUCGACGAUGUCGACAAAAAGUUUAGCAUAAGUAUCGAUUGAUUCGGAUAACGAAAUUAAUAAAAGCGGGGGGGGGGGGGAGAUAUAAAUAUAAAUUCGAUAAUGUCAAUUUUAUCGUUAAAUCAAAAGCACGCUUUUAUAUUGCAACGACAAGAUUAUUUCUUACCGAUGAUACAAGUCGAUAAAACAGUUACUUCUCGUAUCGUCAUUUAGCGACAUCUGUCAUUACUCAAGCACGACUAAAGUAUCACGCGAUAACAAGUAUCACACUUUUUGUUUUUCUGCAGAACCAUAUCAAUAAAAGAUUUGUAACAUUAA